GUGCCGCCAUAUAAAAUGACCACGCUCGGCUAUCGGGAAGACCAUCCGUCGUCUAACCGUCUCUGCAAAAUGUUCCGUCUUAGCGUUCUGCUGACCAUCUGUCUGGCCGCAACGGCCCUCGGCAACGUACUGUCGCCCGAGUACUACGAAUGGGCCGGCCGUAUCGUUGGUGGCCAGAACGCUGGAACGAACCAGUUCCCGUACCAGGUGUCGCUGCGCUCCUCCGGCAACUCGCACUUCUGCGGUGGCUCGAUCAUUAACAACCGCUACGUGCUGUCGGCUGCUCACUGCACGAUUGGCCGUACCACCGCCAACACCAUCUCGGUGGUCGGUGCUAUCUUCCUGAACGGUGGCGGCAUUGCGCACAGCACUGCCCGCAUCGUCAACCAUCCGAGCUACAACGCCAACACGCUGGCCAACGAUGUGUCGCUGGUGCAGACCGCCACCUUCAUCACGUACACUGCCGCCGUGCAGCCGAUCGCCCUCGGAACGAACUUCGUCACCGGUGGUGGAGCCGUCGCUUCCGGCUGGGGUCAGCUUGGAGCCAACAUCGGUAUCCCGAACCAUCUCCAGUUCCUGAACACCCAGAUCAUCACGCUGGCUGACUGCCGCAACCGUCACACCGCAGCCAACGCUGGCCGCGUCUUCGACUCGACCGUCUGUACGCUGAGCCCGUCCGGCCAGGGCAUGUGCAUGGGUGACUCCGGCGGCCCGCUGGUGCAGGGCGGUGCCCUCCACGGUAUUGUCUCGUGGGGUAUCCCGUGCGGUCUCGGCAUGCCCGACGUGUUCGCUCGCGUCUCGUCCUUCGUCGGCUGGAUCAAUGCCAACGCUUAUCGUGGGAACGUGUGCGUCCGCAAAAUGUAUCGCAAAGCAGCUGUUGCACUAAUCGCCUGCUUCCUGGCAGUGGCCGUCAGUGGUGAGUCGGCCACUUCGGAUCCGCUCUACCAGCAGUGGAAGGGUCGGAUCGUCGGUGGCACUUACGCACGUGAUGGAGACUUCCCGUAUCAGGCCUCGUUCCGCACGCUGGACGGUAUGCAUAUAUGUGGCGGUGCCGUGCUGAACCAGCAGUGGGUCAUUACGGCCGCUUCGUGCCUGUUUGGCCGUUCGACUGCGGACACGCGCGUCGUGGUGGGAGCCUACCGGCUGAGCCAGGGUGGCUUCAAUCUCGGCCUGCGACGCAUCGUCAUCCAUCCCAACUUUGCAUCGGCCACGCUGGCCAACGACGUUGCGGUGGCUCGUGUGGCACAGCAGAUGGUGCUGAGUGAUGCCGUGCAGGGUGUGCAGCUUGGCUCGUACAACAUUAACGUGGCCUACGGAGCCCUUGUGUCCGGCUGGGGUCGUACCGAGUUCUCCAACCCCCAGUUCCCGGACAACUUGCAGUACAUUGCGGUAAACGUGAUCUCGCAGCUGGAAUGCCGCGCACGGUUCGCUGCACCGUACGAUGCACGGAUCUACGAUUCGACCAUGUGCAGCAGCAGCCCGGUCGGCCAGGGCACGUGCCUCGGAGAUGCGGGCAGUCCACUGAUCCACGGUGCCGAACUGCACGGCAUCGUUUCGUGGGGCAUUCCGUGCGACGCAGCGCUUCGUACAGCGGACUGGGAAGGACGUAUUGUCAACGGUUUGAACGCGGUUUCGGGCCAGUUCCCGUACCAGGUGUCGCUGACAUCGGCGACGUACCAGCACUUCUGCGGCGGUGCCAUCAUCGGCAACCACUGGAUCCUGACGGCGGCCCACUGUCUCACCGGCCGCAAGCCGGCGGAAGUGAUCGCCGUGGUCGGUGCGCUGACGAGUGCGCGCGGUGGCUACAACUACGACGUGGAGCAGUUCAUACUGCACCCGAACUUCAACGAGUGGACGCAGCAGAACGAUAUCGCGCUCGUGCGCACCAAGUGGUCGAUCAGCUUCAAUACGGCGGUGUUCCCGGUGAAGAUGGCCCGCACGUACACGCCGGCCAAUCGGGCUGUGCUCGCAUCCGGGUGGGGUUUGACCACGCUGAGCGUACCGAAACCGGCCGACCGGCUGCAGUACGUGGCGCUGCGUACGAUCAGCAACGAGGAUUGCUCGGAGCGGUUCCGCAAGCUGCAGAAUCGUGCCAUCACGCCGAGCAUUCUUUGCACGUUCAGCCGCAACGAGCAGGGCACUUGCAUGGGCGAUUCGGGCGGCCCGCUGGUUGAGGAUGGCGAGCUCGUUGGCAUCGUGUCGUGGGGCAUUCCCUGUGCCGUCGGCUAUCCGGAUGUGUAUGUGCGUGUUUCAUCGUUCCGCGCCUGGAUCGGCGCAGUCACGGGAGUGUACUGAGCGAGCGACAGGACCGGCGAAGGCAAGCGCGAUUAAAGCAUGACGACAAAUAAAUCCACGAAUCGUUUCGUUUCUUUGGUUACUAAAA